GCAAAUGUUUCUAGCCUGAAGGUGUAUAAUAUAGUGCAAAUGCAUGUUGUUUGUUUUAUAUAGUUGCUCAUUGUGGAGCGGAGUAACCACCAAUUACUACUUGCAUUGUUGUUUCUGAUUGCAGUUAUGGGUAUUCGUGGAUUGACGUCAUUUGUGAGAGGCAUUCCUGGUGUCUGGAAAUUACAAAAACUGUCCAAUACUCAGCUAAUAAUUGAUGGGAACAACCUGCUUUUUCAGCUUUACGAUUCUUCAAAGCUAGACAUGAAAUAUGGUGGUCAGUACAUAGAGUAUUACCGACUGGUCAGAGUUUUUUUCUCAAUCCUGAAGAAGAAUAAAAUAGAAGCAAUUGUAGUUCUGGAUGGAGUAUAUGAAGAUGACCUAAAGCUUGAGACUCAAAGAAAGCGAACUAUUGAAAGGAUACGUCGUCAAGUUAAACAGAACGUUUCUGUUCCUCCUCUUUUCACAUUGGAAGUGUUUUGUCAAGCAGUGGCUGACUCCAGCGUUGAGAUCAAUAUGUGCGACUAUGAAGGAGAUAGAGUAGCUGCUCAAUUGGCCAACAGUCAGAACUGUCCGGUGCUUUCUAGCGACAGUGACUUCUUCAUGUUUGAUAUACCUAUUGGUGUUAUUCCUUUUGACAAGUUUUACUGGAAGCACAGUAGAGGGCCAAUAUCUUGCGAGAUUUACUAUCAAAAAGGUUUUCUUGACUGCAUCAAGUUGUCAGCUCAGUUUCUUCCACUUUUGUCAGUUCUGUUAGGCAAUGAUCUAACUAACGCGGAUCAGCUAAAACCAUUGCAUAAGUACAUUACAAAGAAUGUUAAUGGUAUGCCAUUUCAGUCACUUGAACCAGCCACUGUCAUUGCCUGGCUUAGGAAAUACUCAGAUUACAUUGAAGCUGAAAUAGCUUUGUUUGCUAAUUUGGAGAAGGACUGUAAAAAAUUUGUUGAAAUUCUGCAAAAGUCAAGAGAGCUAUAUAGCACUGGUUCGUUGUCAGAUAGAGCUUUGAGGAUGGUCGAUGAUAUUGCUUUCCCAGAGUGGGUGAUUGAAUCAUUCAAGAAGAUGAAGUUCUCUAAGGUUGCUGUCCAAGCUGGCAGCCGCAGUCGAAUAGGGAUGCGCGUUCAAAUGGAGCACAUGGCAAGGCCUAGCUCACACACAUGCUCACGUCCCAUAAGACAAGUCAUGUAUGCAAUUCUCUUUAGAGGAACUAUAGAUACACAAUCUACCGUGACUGAAGUUGGCAGAUUGGACAGCCAUGUCGCACUGAAAGAGUACGAGGUUGAAAUCCCAAUGCCUGAUAAUGUUUGCAAACUUGCAGAAAUUCAGUCAAGCUGUUGCGAAGAAAGACUACGUGUAUUGCUUUCAGUGUUAGGUUGUGAUAUCCAAAAACUUGAAAAUUUGGAAGAAGAUUGGAGACUGCCUGCAGCAGCUCUCUACUAUUGGUCUCAUCUGGAAGACCAUCCACCUUCAGACAAGGCAGUCUAUGCUGCUGUCUUUUCUUUCGUUAGCUGCUACUUAGCAUUCGAUAAACUCGUCAACGAGGCUACGAGUAGUUAUUCUUUGACUUCACUUGCCCAGCCAGUGAUGCCACUGAAGGAACUACCACCCGAGCGGCCGGACGUGACACUUACUCAUAGUUUUGCUGAAUUUCAAAGCAUAUUGUAUUACACCAUAGUCCUAAACUCCGUGUUGAAUUUUCCAUUGCCCAAUUUCAAUGCAGCUCAACUCUUCAAUGGAAUUCUGGUACAUUGUGCUGCUGCCAAGUACGAUACAUACCAAGAAUUUAUUGCAGGGUUAAAAUAUUCAAAGAUGUUUGAAAAUAUUUGUCAACUACUGGGCAGACGACCUCCAUUGGGCAGGCGGCCUCGUAGGAGUGUUGGAAGCAGAUAUGCAUGUCUUGAGUCUGACAACAGUAGUGACCCUGAUGAUGAUCUUACUGCAAGUGCGAGUCUCAAAAAAUGUUGAAAACGAACAAGGUGAAGCAUCAGGUGAAAGAUAAAAAAUUUAACUAAGCUAACUGUUACUGAAAUGUUUUCAAACUGAAUCGUUGGCAGUUUUUUUGUAUGUUAGCAUUAUUGUGAAGACUUACCUGCGUAGCAGUUUAAAUGUUUUUCAUACACUUUUUGUAUAGCUAUGAACGCAUUAUUCGUUUUAGUUGACAUUUUAUUAGUAGCCGGUUUCGGAUCAAGCUAAUAUGUGUUUGGUAUUAGGAUUUGUUUUCGUAUUGCAGUUGUCAUUUUUUGUGAAGCUUGUAGCUCAUGCAACUACCGAAAAGUAGAUUAUC